CAUAAACAAAAACAAAACCAAAACAAAAAAAACAAGACAUCCUCUUUCUUCCACUUCAAAUCACAAACCUAACAUAAAGAUUACUAAGAACUUGUUCUUGUUCAUCCACUUUAUUCAUAAAAAACCCAUCUUUACUCAUAUUUAUAUAAUUUGUGAACUUUAUUAAAUAUUUUAGUUUUUUCAAAAAAUUAUCUCUCUCUCUCUUGAAAGCACAAACCCAAAUAAAGAUUGUUGUUUUUGUUCUUGUUCAUCCAUUUUAUUCAUAAAAAUCCCACCUUUUUAUCAUUUCUUGAACUUGGUUAUACUCAUAUUAGCUUUUCAGCUUUUCCAAGAAUCUGUUUUUAUUGAUAAAAUCCCUUUUUUUAGUGUUUCUUGAACUGGGCUAUACUCAAAUAUAUAAAAAUCCCAUCGUUUUAUAGUUUCUUGAAGUGGGGUUGUUCUCAUAUUUACAUAAUUUAUACACUUUGAUAAAUAUUUUAGCUUUUUCAAGAACCUGUUUUUUCCAUGAAAUUAUUGACUGUAAUUUUAGUGGUGGCUGUGGCCGCCGCCGCCAGCGCAGCAAAAGUGCUUAAUUUGGAAAGGGUUAUUCCACUAAAAGGGAAAGUGGAAAUGGAUGAAAUUAGAGGUAGAGAUAAAGCUAGACAUGCUAGAAUGUUGCAAAGUUUUGCUGGUGGCAUUGUUGAUUUUCCUGUCGUUGGUUCUUCUGACCCCUAUCUUGUCGGCCUUUAUUUUACGAAAGUAAGACUCGGAACUCCGCCAAGAGAAUACAACGUGCAGAUUGAUACUGGUAGUGAUAUCAUGUGGGUCACGUGCAGUGCAUGCGACGAUUGUCCUCGGACAAGUGGACUUGGGGUUGAGCUCAACUUCUACAAUGCUGCCACCUCAUCAACCGGUACUCCCAUUUCUUGUGAAGACCAAGUGUGCGCCUCUAUAGUUCGAACUGCCUCUGCUGAGUGCUCUACUGAAACCAAUCAGUGUGGUUACACCUUUCAAUAUGGAGAUGGGAGUGGCACAACUGGCCAUUACGUAGCUGAUUUACUAUAUUUCGACACAGUCCUGGGAACCUCGUUGAUUGCCAACUCAUCAGCACCAAUUGUUUUUGGGUGCAGCACCUCUCAGUCUGGGGACUUGACGAAGACGGACAGAGCAAUUGAUGGGAUAUUUGGGUUUGGUCAACAAGGUCUUUCUGUAAUAUCUCAACUGUCUUCUCGUGGGAUUACUCCUAAAAUAUUUUCACAUUGCUUGAAAGGAGAGGGAAAUGGUGGAGGUAUACUAGUCCUUGGUGAGAUUUUGGAUCCGAGAAUCGUAUAUAGUCCCCUUGUUCCGUCACAAGCCCAUUACAAUGUAUAUCUGCAGAGCAUUGCAGUUAAUGGACAGUUGGUGCCUGUUGAUCCAUCGGUGUUUGCGACAACUGGCAAUCGUGGAACUAUAGUGGAUUCUGGUACAACUUUGUCUUAUAUCGCUACAGAAGCUUAUGAUCCCUUUGUCAGUGCUAUAGCUGCUGCUGUUUCACCGUCAGCUAGGCCAAUCGUCUCACGAGGAAAACCGUGCUUUCUAGUUUCCUCAAGCAUAGCGGAGAUAUUUCCCCCAGUUUCUCUAAACUUUGAGGGUGGUGCAUUGAUGGCAUUAAGACCAGCAGACUACCUUGUGCAUAUGGGCUUUGUUGAAGGUGCUGCUAUGUGGUGCAUUGGCUUUGAAAAACAGGAGCAAGGUGUAACAAUUUUAGGAGAUCUUGUUCUGAAAGAUAAAAUCGUUGUGUAUGAUUUGGCUCGACAAAGGAUUGGAUGGGCUGACCAUGAUUGUUCAUCGCCUGUGAAUGUGUCCAUAACCUCUGGCAAGGGCGAAUUUAUCAAUGCUGGACAGUUAAGCGUGAACGGUGCAUCAGGCAAUGUGCAGUUCAAUCUGCAGCACACUAGAACUAGUGUUCUUCUGCUAUUAUUGGUUCUUAUGAUUGGUUCCCCAUUCUUAACUUAAUUUCAGUUUUUGACUUCCUUUAAUUGAUAUGCUUCGCCGACUAAUAUUACUGUAGUUGGCUAGCAAUUGUGUCAUUACUAGGUUUUCCAGUGAGGCCUCUUCCUUUCUUCUGACCUCAAAAAAAAAUUUGUCCUUUGGAUAUCGUCUCUGUUGGGACUCUUGCAUGUGUAUAGGAGAAGAGGUCUCACGAUCGUUCUGACCUCAAAACGAUUUGUCCUUUAGAUGUCUCUAUCGUGCCUUGCCAUGUAAAUAGCCUCUUAGUUAAGGAUGGCGAACUGAAGACGUGGGACUUUAAGUGAAGACGAAAGCAAUUUGUACUCUUUGCUUUAUAUAUUGGUCAAGCUGUUGUAGAAGGUUUUAAAAAAAAAAAAUAAAAAAAAAUUGGAUGUCUGGGCUUCUUGUAAAGCACUGGUUUCUCUGUAUGCUCAUUGCAUCAUUGUAAAAGCAAUUUGCAAUUGUAAGCAUUGUUGCUUGUG